AUGGAAAAUUUUGAAAGCAAAGAAGAAACAAAAGGAGUUGAAUUUGAUUCACGAGGAACAGUAGACGGAGAUUUUCCUCCCCAACCUAGCUCGCUGUACAGUAUCACAAACACCAAAUUAAGUAAAUUAGAGCUUGAAGUAUGGAAGAGCUACGUAUGGAAAAGACCACACGAAAUAUUUGAUGGUCCUUUCCAUCUCUUUUCUGAAGGAAUUGACCCAUGCGAUAUUAAGCAAGGAAUACUUGGAAACUGUUACUUUCUCUCAGCACUCAGCGCACUAGCUGAGUUUCCAGCGGAAAUUAAGAAAAUAUUCCAAGAUAAAGAAGUCAGCAAAUAAUGGAAUCUAUAAAAUAAAUUUCAAACUUGGAGGUGAAAACAGAACUGUUCUAAUCGAUGACUACAUCCCAUUUGAUCCCAAGAAGAACAAGCCUGCGUUCUCCCAAUCCAAAGGCAACGAGCUCUGGGUUAUGUUACUAGAAAAGGCCUGGGCUAAGGUAAAUGGCAACUACGAAAAAUCCAUCAAAGGAUUUGUAUCAGAAGCAUUCAGAGCUCUGACUGGUGCUCCUGUAGUCUUCUUCAAGCACCUCUACAUCCAAGAUAUCUGGGAUGAGAUAUAUGAAGCAGAUAAAGUUGACUACAUAAUCUGUGGUUCUUCUGGAGAAGACAACCUCCAUAAAUAUGAAGAAAUGGGCCUUAUAAGUGAACAUGCUUACUCAGUCAUCGAAGCUAGAGAAAUUGAAACUCCUAAAGGAAAAGAAAGACUACUGAAAAUGAGAAAUCCAUGGGGUCAUAAGGAAUGGUUAGGUAAAUGGAGCGACAAUGAUGAGUCCUGGACAGAUGAGCUUCGGGAAACCCUCGGGUGUCAAGAGAAAAAUGACGGGGUAUUCUUUAUGUGUGUUGAGGAUUACCUGAGCUAUUUCAGAACAACAGUUAUAUGCAAAGGACAUGAAAAUUUUGUAUCUCACUCGAUCAAAUGCAAACACAAUACUGGAGAUUAUAAUUUGAUCAAGAUUACUAUUGAGAACGAAGGAAAAAUAUUCUUCACUGUUUCUCAAUUGAACCAAAGAUGGGCAAGAAGGUAUAAAGAAUAUGAGCCGUCAUUUGUUAGAAUGCUUUUAGCAAGAAUUGUCUCCAAGGAUGAAGACGAGGAAGAUGACUUCCCAUUAGAAUACACUGAUGGAAAAUGUUGGAAAGAUGAAGACACUACUAUUGAACUUAACCUCCGUCCUGGGAAAUAUUUGGCAUACAUUGAGAUAGAUUGGUUUGAUGAUACUCAAUAUAAUACCUAUCUGUUUAGAUCAUAUUCACAAAUUGCUCCAAUAAUUGAAGAGAUUAAUCCAAAGAAGUAUCCAAACUUCCUCAAAGAUACCUUAAAAUCAUGCGCUAUUAACUCAACUGCACUUAAAAGUUUUCAAGAGAAAGGUGAGCCUGAUAUUUUCAGGGCUUUUAGUAUCACUGCUUCAAAAUGAGAGUACGGCUUUCUCUACUAUGAGAACAAUUCUUCAGGGACAAUCCUUCGUGAAAUUAUGAAGUUUAGCAAACUGGAAAACCUGAGCUUGAUGCCGCCUUAUGAAGGUGAUUCUGUAGAGGUCAAAGUGUAUCCUGGUGAUAAGCAGAUUAUUUUAUUCAACAGAAAUGAUAGAGCUUGUUCUUGUGAAAGUAUAUACCACACUACUCUAGUCAAACCUCUUAGUGAUACUUUAGAAAGAAUCACCGAGAAGGGAAAGUAAACACCAAAUUGAGUACAAUGAUGAGAAAUAUGAGGUUUAUUAUUACGUAUAUAAGGACGGUAGUGGUUUCUGUUGGUAUUUUGUCAACAACUCUAACCAGCUCGAAACCUGACUUCCUUAUGCCUUUGAAGGAACCUUCUACUUCAAAUUAGAAAAUCUUGAAAUCGAUGAUGAUGCUCACAGAGAUAAGCAAGAAUGGAAGGUCAGACUUAUGCCAGGAGAGACCUCUUCAAUGAAACUUUUGGUGAAGGAUAUUACCAAGUCAUGGGGCUACAAAUAUUCUUACAGCUUCAAAACUAAAGAAAUUAUCAAGAAAAAUGAGAAAUUAAGGGAAAUUUUGCUUAAAUAAUGGAACAAAAAGACAAAUUACCUACAGAAAUACCAAGAUGGAUGUUUAUAAUUACGUCUAUUUUUCAAAAGAUAGAUAUCUUUGGUAUUACGAGAAUCUCACGAAUCUAAAAUUUAAAGGAAUCUACAGAUUCCAAUUAACCAACCUCCAAAUUGAUAAGGAUCAAGAUGCCAGCAGUGAAGACACGGAAGAUCAAUGGACUGUGAUUCUCAUUCCAGGUCAGACAUGCCUGAGGACGCUCUCUAGAAUAGAUUCAAAACUUGAAUGACAGUUCAAAGUGGCUUCCUCACAUUGCUUCUCUGAGAAGACUUAUUAGUCAGCAUAAGUAUCGUAAUUUUUACAAAAACUGGUAAAAUUAUUAUGAAUUCUCUAAAAUAUGUC